AUGGACUUCCUUUCCAAGACGCUGCGUCUGCGCUAUCCCGCCGUUCAUGACAAGGACAGCUCAUACCUCCUUGGGCUUCGAGGAUGGUUUGUGGUUCAGUCCUUUUUCUGGGUUUUUAUGCAGACAUUUGUCCCUGCAGCAGUGAAAGCCUCUGAUAAUAUCCAAGGAUCUUCAUAUCAGCUCGGCCUCAGGAAAUCCCUCUCUGUUCUCUUCUGGAACGACAACCUCAUCUACUCAUUCUUCAUCCUGAUAUCCGCGCGAACAAUAUGUCUUCCUUUCCUCCACAAUCCUACCAAGACAAACAUCGCCAGCGCGGUCUUCCGAUGA